AGGCCGUGGAGGAUGGACGCGGGAGGACGCUUGUUUUGUCGCUGACUUUUAAUCUGCUGCUGCCCUCUGAGGUUUUGUGCACCUGGUGCCACAGUCGGAGGCCAGAGGAUGAGCAACAAGAGCCUUCUGCUGCUUCCUCAAUGAGCCACCAUACACAAGGUGGAAGCCCAACAUUGCACACACAAAAAUGUUGUCCAACGCAUCUACCUCCUCUUCUGCCACACCAAGACUCUCAUCUACUGAUGCAUUUAAGCAUUACAAUAUCUGCCAGCUGCUCACCAGAAGAUCACUGGGAUUUUACACAAAAGAUGCCAGUGUUGUCUAUAGGAAAAACAUGGAGAUCCUGAGGAAGUUAAUUUGCCAGGAAAGUACAACAUUCAAGAAUGUUUGGACAACACAUUCCACAUCUCCAAUUGCUUAUCAAAGUGGAAAGAUUUAUUUUGACAAUUAUCGGUGCUGUGUGAGCUGUGUCACACCUGAGCCAAGGAUAAUUUAUCAAAUGCCACCGUGCUCUAAAUCAGAAAAAAUAGAAGAUGCUUUAUUACUGGAAUGCCCUGUGGGUGAAGUGCUGCCCUGCCCAUCAGACUACAAACCUUCCUUAGCAGUUCUUACAGCUCAUAACUGGCUUUUUCGUCUCUCUGCAAGUUCUGGAGAAAUACUUGAGAAGGUGUAUCUUACUUCUGCCUGCAAAUUCAGAUACCUCAGCUGGGACACCCCUCAAGAGAUCAUGGUUGUGAAAUCGGCUCAGUGUAAGGUCCUGGCAGCUGCAAGGCAGGCAGGCAUCCAACAGUCUGUGCUCUUCUUUCUUGCUGUAUUCAGAGUUCUGCCACUUUCAUUUAUCGGAAUGCUGGAAAUUGACAAAAAAAUCUUUGGAAACAGCAUAACAGAUGCCACACUGUCUCAUAGUAUGCUGAUUGUGAUGCACAGCGUGGGCCUUGUCAGGCUGUAUAGCUUCCAGUCCAUCUCUGAGAAGUUUAUGACAAAACAAGUGGAUUUGGGACAUGAAUGUAACUGGAAUGGCAAAGUUGGGGUCGUGGGAAAAUACCCUUUUGGCAUUCCUUGCAACAUUAAAAUAACAGAUACUCCAGAUCUGCUUUUUGAGGUGUCUUCCCUGGAGAACACAUUUCAGGUUGGAGGAUACCCUUGGCAUUACAUCAUCACUCCUAACAAGAAAAGCCAAAGAGGAAUCUUCCAUGUUUGUUCCUUGAAAGACCACAUUUUGGCAAAGAACGGCAUACUGGACAUGAAGUGUUGCUCGUUGGAACCUGAUUGGAUCUCUUUCCACCCAGAUAGUUCUGGAAGAAUACUCCAUGUGGGACCAAAUUUGAUUAAAAUUUUGAAACUGAUGAAAACCAAUAGUGUCACAGAACAGCAGGAAAUCAAAGAAGACUUUAUCAUUGAGGCCCACAGGGAAAAUGAUGUUAACAAUUCGGUAACGGUGACAGCUUCUGGUCGAGUAGUGAAGAAGCGUAUUAACUUACUGGAUGAUGAUCCAGAGCAAGAGACUUUCAAAAUUGUGGACUAUGAAGAUGAACUGGAUUUACUGUCUGUCGUGGCAGUCACUCAGAUAGGCAGUGAUGGGGCAGCUCAUCUGGACUUCCACUGUAAUGAGUACGGGACUCGACUCAAGCGCGUUCUUUUUGCAGAGCCUUGGGACGUGACUUUCAGCCAUGAAGUUUACUUCGACAGAAAUGUGGUGCUGCACAUAGAACAAAAGCCCAACAGGAUCUUCAGCUGCUACGUUUACCAAAUGGCCUGCGGUAGUUCAAGAGAGGGUGAAGGCACCAGGAAGGAUAAAAGGGAGCGACAUUUUUGUAAAAAAAUGGGAAGGACUUUUGAAUGUUUUUAAAGAGCCCCUGUUGUUUUCGAGGCUUUGCCAGAUGGAAUCCAAAGAGCUGUAAACCGCAACGGGCGAGUUAAUAACUGUUAUUCGGCUCCAACUGAAUCCCUUAAGAGAUUUUUUUUUAAAAAGCCAUUGCAAUGCAUUAGUUAGAUGUGAUGACAUCAGUACUGCCCGUGACAUUUGGCACAAGAAAAGGGGAUGCGUGAAAACAGACCUUUUCUUGGACCAGUUUUUAUUGGCAGAAGGAUGUUCAAGCCUUUCGGUAGCUCAGGCCCUUUCUGGGAUCCAGACAGAUUCCUUCUAUGGGGGGAAGGCCACCCUUGUUCACACUGGGAGGGGACCUCAAUCUCCUAGUUCAGCAAUCUCCCACCUUUUUCACAUCCUACCCCAUUUCAGAGGGGUCUCCUGUACCUCUGCAAUAGCUUUGUCGGUGGUACGGGGAAGGGGUAGCAACAGAGGAGAAGAGGCGGAAUGCCCCUAAUGCGCAAGCAGAUGUUUACUCACAGUUCUUGGGUUCUGAGCCAAUAUUUAUUUAUAUAUUUUUAACUUAAAUGUAUAUCUGGCUUGUAAUAUGUAAACAAGAACUCUAAAGCAUAGUAAAGAGCUCAAAAGCAUAGUAUUGUGAAUAAUUAUGUCACUAGGAAUGAUUUCAUAAAACUAGGCAAACAUGAAAAAACACAACCUUUUAAACUGUCUCAAAGUAAAGGAGCAAAAGUUUAUAUUACAGAACAGUUUGUACUUUUGUAGAUGUUAGUGACUUUAUAUCUUUCCCAACCCUGAUUUAUGGGGCAUAGAAUAAAUAUGGUACACAGA